AUGAAACCAUGUGUUAGGUUAAUCAAAUGUAGCACAUUGGUCGCCAUUCUUGGAAUUUUCUAUCUGUUGGUUUCAUUAGAAGCAAUAUCCGAAAUUUAUACCAACCAUUUUUAUGUUCAUAUGAAAAAACCAGGAAUUGAGCAUGCUCAUAAAGUAGCUAAGAGACAUAGAUUUAUUAAUAGAGGACCGGUUCUUGGAUCAGACACAGAAUUUCAUUUUGUUCAACCAGCUCUUUCUCAUGCACGAACACGAAGAUCUAUUGGUCAUCAUGCUAAAUUACAUCAUGAUGAUGAUGUUGUUCAUGUAGAACAAUUGACUGGAUACCGAAGAGCUAAAAGAGGAUACCGACCACUUGAACAAAAAAUUGAAGAACAAUUGGAUUUUAAUGAUAUAGACUCACCAACAGAUCCACUUUACCCCUAUCAAUGGUAUAUAAAAAAUAAAGGACAAGGAGGUGGUAAAAAAGGACUUGAUUUAAAUGUUGAAGCAGCAUGGAAAUUAGGAUAUACUGGAAAAAAUAUAACAAUUGCUAUAUUAGAUGAUGGUGUUGAUUAUUUACAUCCUGAUUUAAAAAAUAAUUUUAAUGCUGAAGCAAGUUAUGAUUUCUCAUCUAAUGAUCCAUUUCCUUAUCCACGAUAUACUGAUGAUUGGUUUAAUUCACAUGGAACAAGAUGUGCUGGAGAAAUAGCAUCUGCACGUGAUAAUGGUAUUUGUGGUGUUGGGAUUGCCUAUGAUAGUAAAAUUGCUGGAAUACGAAUGCUUGACCAACCAUAUAUGACUGAUUUAAUUGAAGCUAACUCAAUGGGACACGAACCAAAUAAGAUAGCAAUUAUGAGUUUAAGUUGGGGUCCACUUGAUAAUGGAAUGACAGUUGAUGGACCAAGAAAUGCUACAAUGAGAGCAAUCGUAAAAGGUGUUAAUGAAGGAAGAAAUGGAUUAGGAAGUAUUUUUGUCUGGGCAUCCGGUGAUGGUGGUGAAGAUGACGAUUGUAAUUGUGACGGAUAUGCUGCUAGUAUGUGGACUAUUUCAAUUAACUCCGCCAUUAAUAAUGGUGAAAAUGCUCAUUAUGAUGAAAGUUGUUCCUCAACAUUAGCAUCAACAUUUUCUAAUGGAGGAAGAAAUCCUGAGACUGGUGUUGCUACGACUGAUUUAUAUGGAAGAUGUACACGUAGUCAUUCUGGAACAAGUGCUGCAGCUCCUGAAGCAGCUGGAGUUUUUGCAUUAGCAUUAGAAGCUAACCCAGGUUUAACAUGGAGAGAUUUACAACAUUUAACUGUUCUUACAUCAUCAAGAAAUUAUUUGUAUGAUGGAAGAUGCCGUGAAUUACCUGAUCUUGGAAUUGAUGAUAAUCAUUCUAAAUUGUUUAAAAAAGGUAAUUGUUCUCAUUUUGAAUGGUAUAUGAAUGGUGUUGGUCUUGAGUAUAAUCAUUUGUUUGGAUUUGGUGUACUUGAUGCUGCUGAAAUGGUAUUAUUAGCAAAAGUUUGGAAAACAGCCCCACCAAGAUAUCAUUGUGAGGCAGGAACAAUUAAUGGAAAUCAUGUUAUUCCUUCAACUGGAAAUCUUGUUCUUGAAAUUGAUACAGAAGCUUGUCGUGGUACCAGUACUGAAAUAAAUUAUCUUGAACAUGUUCAAGCUGUUAUUUCAUUAAAUUCAACACGUAGAGGAGAUAUUACAAUGUAUUUAGUAUCACCAUCAGGUACAAGAACAAUGAUUUUAUCUAGACGACCUAAAGAUGCUGACAAUAAAGAUGGAUUCACUAAUUGGCCAUUUAUGACAACACAUACAUGGGGAGAAUACCCACGUGGUAUAUGGAAAUUGAUAGUACGUUUUCAAGGUGCUGAUAAUAAUAAAGGUGUCCUUAAACGUUUUACCCUUAUGCUUCAUGGAACAAAAGAUACACCAUAUGAAAGCAUUGAAACAAUAAAUGGACAUCAAAAUAAUAAACUUAAAGCUGUUCAGACAGCACACAAAAGAAUAGCUUUAAAACGAUAA